CGACUAAAUAGGUGCUUUUUCUUUGUAAUACUUUGGUGCCAUAGCUUUUUCUUGCGUGUUGUCUCGUGUUGUGUGCCAGCAUAAGUCUCUGUUGACAUGGAAAACGAAUUGCGCCAGCGGAAGCGGGCGCGUCCGUUCCAAGAGCGUACGCCAUUAACGUGGAAGGACGGUCUGGCAGCCCUUGCACUGGGUGCCAUGGCCAUACCGAUUCGGAUGAACGCUUUAGAUGAGCCUCAUGAAGUUGUUUUCGAUGAAGUCCACUUUGGCACAUUUGCAAAUAAAUACAUUAACAAGGAAUUCUUUUUUGAUGUACAUCCACCUCUCGCUAAGAUGCUUAUUGCCCUCGCGGGUCGAGCGGCUGGAUACGACGGUAACUUUGACUUUAGCAAGAUUGGCAAUGACUAUACUACAGGGGAUGUACCUUACGUCGCGAUGCGAACUGUUGGCGCACAGUUGGGAUUACUGAUGGUCCCAAUGAUAUAUAUGACUUUGCGCCAAAGCGGUAUCUCGAUCCAUGCUUCUCUAUUCGCUGCUCUCGCAUUAUGUUAUGAGAAUAGCAUGGUUGCAAACAACCGACUGAUCUUACUGGAUGCACCACUCUUGUUUUUCACUGCCUUGACCAUUCUUUGCUGGACACGAUUUUUCAAUCAAAGCUCUCAACCAUUUGGACGUAGAUGGUGGUUCUGGUUAGCAUUUACGGGUGUGAAUCUAGGUCUUACCGUAAGCUGCAAGUGGGUAGGUUUAUUCACGAUUGCCACGAUCGGUGUCUCUACUGUACGCGAUUUAUGGCGGAUAUUAGGAGACUUGAAUGUUACAAAGAAAACUUAUAACCACCAUAUUUUGGCUCGAGUCAUCUGCUUGGUCGUCAUACCUGUAUCCAUAUAUAUCAGCACAUUCUAUUUCCAUUUCCUCAGCCUGCCUUUGUCUGGCGAUGGUGAUGCGCACAUGUCAGCUGCUUUCCAACACUCGCUCGUUGGCCACGAAGUACCAGAUAGUCCUAUCGACAUUGCUUAUGGCUCAAAGAUUACUGUCCGACACUUGGCAACUAAUGGUGGAUACCUUCACUCGCACAAAUCUUCAUAUCCUCAAGGCAGUAAACAGCAACAAGUAACUCUGUAUCCUCACCGAGACGAGAACAACUGGUGGGUCAUCCGAAAACUGAACAGCACGUUGGAUGAAGCCAAUGAUCCAGCUGAUGUCAUGGGCGCAGAUGGCAAAACAUGGAUUCAAUACAUUCGCCAUGGAGAUAUUGUGCGCUUAGAGCAUGUAAGCACCAGCCCACGAAAGCUGCACAGCCACGAUGAAACGCCACCCAUGACAGAUGUUGAAUACCACAAGGAAGUCAGUGCUUAUGGUUUUCCCAACUUUGAAGGCGAUGCCAACGACUUUUGGCGAGUGGAUAUUGAAGGUGCCAAGGAAGGAGAUAAAUUGCAGACUUUACGCAGCAACUUCCGCCUUUUCCAUGCGCUACAAUCAUGUUCCUUGUUCUCACAUCCAGUACAGCUGCCCGAUUGGGGCUUUGGCCAACAAGAGGUGACAUGUAUCCAGAAUGGCAAGAAGCCUAAAACUAUGUGGGUGAUUGAAGAGUCCACAAAUGAUCUAUUACCUGAAGGCACAGAGAUGGUCAACUACAAAGUGCCUGGAUUUUGGAGUAAAUUUAUCGAGCUACACAAGGUCAUGUGGACGGCCAACGAAGGAUUGACGCAGUCGCACCCUUACGAAUCCCGACCCUCCUCUUGGCCCACGUUACGCAGCGGCAUUUCCUUCUGGGCAACCCCGGAUCGGCACAUUUACUUUAUUGGUAACCCCGUUGUCUACUGGGCUUCGACGGUCGCCAUUUUCCAGUUCUUCAUCCUGUGGUUUUUCUUCCAGCUCCGAGGCAAACGUGGUUACAGCGACCACUAUCAGGGUCGUCGCGCAUUUUAUGAAAGCACAGGAGGAUUUUAUGUAAUGGGCUGGCUUAUGCACUAUCUGCCGUUUUAUUUGAUGAACCGCCAAUUGUUCCUGCACCACUACCUUCCGUCGCUGUACUUUGCCAUUCUGGUGCUUGCCGUCGGCGUGGAUCUCGCACUGACCAAGUUCUCUCCCAAGGGCCGUGUUCUCUUUGUUAUCAUACUAUCGGUCGCUACAAUCUCUGUAUUCCGAGAGUUUGAACCACUCACAUACGGAAAAGAGUGGACUAAUGAACGAUGUCAAGCGAACCAAUGGUUGGACACCUGGCAGUUUGGGUGCGAGAAAUACCCCACUGUUGGUAGCAUCAAGCCUUUGAAAAAGGUGGUCUUGAAUGAUGCAGGUACAAUUGUAGGUGAUGAUGCUAUGGCCGAAUCUUUAUUACAUAACAACGAAGAAGCAACUGGAUUUGCAAACAAGGAGUGGACGAUAAAUGUCGAGCAUGGCGACGCUUCUUGAAAUAAACAGAAAGUGUGUGGCGCAAAACUUUGCUUUGGCGCUGAAUAAAGUUUUACCUCAAAUUUUUUUUUUCCAACGUGCA